AUGAUUUGUAAGUGUCUUAUAGUACUAUUGUCAUUAAGAAUUGAUGUUGUGAGAGGCGAAACAGGCAUUUUGAAUAGCAUUAAAAAGGCUACACACAAAUUAUUUAGUAGUAAUGCAGAUUUACCCAUUGAGAGCCAAAAUCUGAGUUUCACCACUGCAGAAGAUUUCAGGAUAGAUAAAGUACAUGAAAUAACAUUGAACCCAGGGGAUGCAUUGAUUAUCACCUGUAAAGGGUUUGUAAAUGGGGAAAAGGUUAAAUUGUACCCGCCUAACCCAGAUUAUGAGACACUGCAAUCACCAGAUGAUGAACUUGUCACCUACGACAAGUUGAACAUCACUACGCCAUUGAGGGAUAUAAUCAGAUCUAUUACACCACUUAUCGACGUUGCUGAGGUUGAUAAUGGUAUACUUAAAAUUAUAUACUCGAAAAAAAACGUAGUAGCUGCUAGAGAUCCUAGUUCCGCAAUUAACGUUGCCUGUAGUGGAAUCACCAGUGACAGAGAUACUAAUAAUAAAUUUGGCAUCCAGUGGAUCAAAGUAACACUGGGUAUGAGUAUCCCGUUUAGCUAUGGAUGUGGUAUAAAUGCAGAAGGCCUAUUUUUAAAUUUACCAGAUAGUGAUAGUAUGAGUGGAAAAUAUACACAUUGCAAAAUAGAACCCAGUCCUGGUAUGGUCAUAGGAUUCUACUGUGGUCAGGGUGGUUAUAUGUAUCCUCCACAUUGUCUGAAAAAAACAACAAUUGGUGAUUUUGCUUUCGAAAGUGAAACUGUAUCUACACCUUUGGAUAAAAAGAUUGUUAGUAUGAUCAAAAUAACAUCCUUAAAUAAUUUUAAUGGCACUCUCAAGUGUAGGUGCAUUUCGAAAGGCGUGAAGACUGCCGAGAUAAGCAUCAUCCAUGAACCUAAUAGGGAUUAUAUUUUCCCACGACGAUUGGCACGUAGUAAUGCCAUAGUAACCUCUAGAAAUAUAACUUUCAUCAGACCUGGCAACAAAAUUCACAUAAGUGCGCCAAAGGAAGGUACGACACUUGUUUCGAUGAAGAAAAAGUAUAUUGCACAUUUGGUACCUAAGGAAAUGGAUCUGUCUACCAAUACUUUGGCUCUGAUGAGUAAACUAGGCACUCCAGAAUUGGUCAAAAUACACGAUAUACUGGGUACCGCUUCUUCCAACGGGUUAAUCGACAGUGCGGCCACCGGAUUAACAAUUGUCAAAAGUGAUGAUAGUGAUGUAGAAAAUUAUAUUAAUAUUAAUAUUGAUUACCCAAAGGAUUCAAUUGUAGUGUUUAAGGAUGUUGCAGCCUCCAUUUCCGCUCUCUUGGAUAUUGAAGGGGAAGACAAUCGUAUCAAAAAAAUAUCACAGAUCUACCUCAACAUUAUUGCCACCGAUCCAUAUACAUAUGGAUGCAGUGUCAACUAUUUGAAUGAUAGUGGCAUAUUUAGGAGGGAUAAGUAUGUGGUUAUGGACAAUGUUGAUGGAGUUGUAGGUUGCAAAGUGGACGCCAGGCGGGCUGAAGUUGUAGGAUUUUUUUGCCCCAAACCUGCGAGAUAUGACCCACCAAACUGUUUUGAACAGGUAUAUCUAAUGAAAGACAUGAGAAAUUUGCCACAAUCUAACUUGGAUGAUAACAAACUAGUGUCUGAGAGGUUGCUAAGCAGUACUAAAAUACAUCUAGCAGAUGCCAGCGAGUAUGGUCAAUCAUUUAGUGGCACACACAUCAGGGCGGCCAUGUUUAACACUAAACAUGAUAUGAUGAUAACAAAUGAUCCCACAGAUGUUGAAAAUAAUGGCAGUGGAGAUGCUGGCGAUGACACAGCAAAAUUCGGGCCGAGCAAUGCCGUGGGCUGCAGAUGCAUUGAUGAAGAGGGUAAAAUUCUCGCCCAAAUCCUACUCUUUGUACCUUCUAGCAAACCAAACCACGUCUCAUGGACACGUGACGGAGUAUCCAGCUGA